GUAAGCCCACAAUGAGUAAGCCCACAAGCUCUAACCCCUAGUAGCCACAAUGAGUAAAGAAACAAACGUCUCUGGAGAACUUCUUUGAAAAGGGGGAAAGACCCAAUGAUGAACCCCACCCCCCUCCCCGGCCCGUGAAAAAAAUUGUCUUCCACGAAACCGGUCCCUGGUGCCAAAAAGGUUGGAGACCUCUGUAGUGUAGAGGAUAUUUAGACGACUCUUCCUUGCUGAUCAAACGUCACGGACGAGGUGGGAUGGACCCACACUUCACCCCACCACGCGAGACUUGCCGGUUUGACUGUGAUGAUGUACCCUAUUUUCAUGCCGGGUGUGCUUAUAUCAGACGUGUACUUGUAUUCGAAUUAUGCUCAUAUCAGAAGCGUGCUUGUGUCAGUACCAGCAAAGUGAUAUUUGCAACAAUCCUGGACCUUGCAGUAAGUACUUUAAAGGCGGAGAGUAAAACGUAAGUGCUGGGGAGAUAAAGGCGGCCGGGCGUGAUACUGCUCCACACAGCCGAUACGGGGGAUCUUGGGUGCGAUGUGUGAAUGUGCUCACUCCGCUACCAACUCGGCGACCAGAGUUUUGAUUGCCACUCACGACCAAUAAUGUAUUUGAAUCGUUCAUGGGUCUCCCUUAGGUUGACUCAGCCUUAAAUGAGCACCUAGUUCAGUUUGUUACAACAUCAGCAUUGGGGAGACAAAGGCGGCCGGGCGUAGUGUUGGCCACCCACCUCAUACUGUGUCCCCCUUUACGGCCUUCAUGGGUGACAGCUAACAGCACUUCGUGUGUUCAUGGAAACUGAUCGCGCACUACCUUACGAACCCGGCGACCAGAGUUCGAUUCCCACUCACGACCAAUACCAGCAGCGGAUAUUUUAACCGGGAACGCGUCGUUCCUAGGUUGACUCAGCCGUAAAGGAGUACGUCCUUCGGUGUGUUAAAACAUCAGCGCUAGGGAGACAAAGGUGGCCGGGCGUGGUGUCGGCCACCCCCAACCAAAAUCGUGUGCCCUUCCGGCCUUUAUAAGUGCUACUCGAUGGCAGCCCAACAGCCUCUCAAUGCUAUACGGGGCAUCUGCAAUCCGCGUGUCGGUCCAUGUCUCUUGAUGGACAAUGCACCACCGGUCGUGCCCCGUGGAGGAGGAGGAGGCGGGUUGCAUUCGUGCCCAGAGACAGGGAGGCGGCGGCCGAUGUGCGCCACGUGUGGCCGCCGGUGUCGCUGACGUUGCUGUGCAGCUCAGUGUGACGUUGCUGUGCAGCUCAGUGUGACGUUGCUGUGCAGCUCAGUGUGAGCCUGCUGUUCGCUGCUCGUCUCUCUGUGCGUGUGUGUGUGUAUGUGUGUGUGUUACGCGUGUGCCUUGGCCUCCACGCCUCCGCCGUGAUAGUCUCCGCUCGGCAAUGGGCUGCGCUAAACUGUGGGACGAUCAAAUUUGGCGUGGCACGCCGCUGCCCAUCAGUCAUCGUCACUGGAAUGACCGUCAUGUGUGCGAGUGUAAUAAUCACCAUCAUAGUUUCUUCGGCUUCAUGAUCACUGCAUUGUAAUCAUAAGCAUCCCGAUGUCAUGGUCGUAAUCCGUGUAAUCAAUAUAAUUCCUGCGUCGUCCUCAUCAAUAUCAUCAUCUCACGCCGCAUGAUAGCCACGUGUUUAUGAACCAAACUUAAGCGCGCGCGCGCUCACGCUCACAGUCAACUCCCGUAUAUGGGGGUAGAGAUAAGCGCUGAGCCAGUUUUCCCGAGGUUAAGGGGACACACACACACACACAAUCAUUCUUCAAAACCCCACUGAGACAAUAAACACAACCUCACUUUCACGGACACGCACACGCCGAGACGCGCGCGUGCCCGCCGCGUCUCACGCUCGGUCUCGCGUGACAUGCCCCGCGGAUGUUUGCGACCCCCUAUUUGCAAUGGUUCGUCAUCUCUACGGCUCUGAGCGCAUAUCAUCGCGGCCGAGCGGGAGCCGCUCACACGAUGCCGGGCGGCUCACGGAGCAAGCCGCCGUGGCAGACGCCGCCACGAAGACCGCACCGGCGCUGAGCCAGGAAUUCCCGGCGCACGAGUGCAUGGCUCGGCGACGAUGGUGCUGAUGAUAACCACCACCACCACCACCACGGCCGCAGCCACCGCAGCCACCGCAGCCACCACCGCGACGAACGCGACCACGGCGGCUACGGCGACAGCGGCGAUGAAGCGCCCUUCGGCCGAGCGCAGACCGGCGCGGGACGGCGGGCUGCCCCUCGUGGUGCCCGGCCACGCGGAAGCGCAGGGACCCCGGCUGAGUCUGCUGGGGAAGCCGCGGGCGCUGGGGCGAUUCGCCCGCAGGAACGCGCGCUACCGCCGCAUGCAGAACGUCCUCUACAACGUGCUGGAGCGGCCGCGUGGCUGCGCGUUCGUCUACCACGUCUUCGUGUUUAUCCUGGUGUUCGCCUGCCUCAUUCUCUCCGUGCUCUCCACCAUCACCGUCUAUCAAGAUCCCGCAAACCACGGCCUCCUCAUCCUGGAGGGCAUCAUGAUGGUUCUGUUCGGCCUCGAGUAUUUCCUGAGGAUCUGGGCGGCCGGGUGCUGCUGCCGCUACCGCGGCUGGCAAGGGCGCCUCCGCUUCGCCCGCAAGCCCUUCUGCAUCAUCGACAGCAUCGUGCUGGUGGCGUCCCUGGCGGUGAUCGCCGCCGGCACCCAGGGCAACAUCUUUGCGACGUCGGCGCUGCGCUCGCUGCGCUUCCUGCAGAUCCUGCGCAUGGUCCGCAUGGACCGCAGGGGCGGCACCUGGAAGCUGCUCGGCUCCGUGGUCUACGCGCACAGCAAGGAGCUUAUCACGGCCUGGUACAUCGGCUUCCUAGCACUCGUCUUCUCCUCCUUCCUGGUCUACCUGGCCGAGAAGGACGACAACAAAGACCAGUUCGCCACCUACGCCGACGCGCUGUGGUGGGGCACGAUCACCCUGACGACGAUCGGCUACGGAGACAAGACCCCAAAAACGUGGCUGGGACGGAUGCUGGCCGCCGGCUUCGCGCUGCUCGGGAUCUCGUUCUUCGCCCUCCCUGCCGGUAUUCUGGGCUCAGGAUUUGCCCUCAAGGUGCAGGAACAGCACCGGCAGAAGCACUUUGAGAAGCGGCGCAACCCGGCGGCCAGCCUCAUCCAGUGCAUGUGGCGCUUCUAUGCGGCCGACGAGCACUCUCUCUCCGUCGCCACUUGGAAGCCGUACCUGAAAGCGCUGCACUGCUGCAGUCCCUUGAAGAAAGAACAAGCCGAUGCCACUUUAAGAUCCCACAGCAGUUGCGUGGUCAACACCCGACAAUCAAGCCAGAAGCUGAGUCUGCGCGAGCGCGUCCGCCUGUCGAGCCCGCGCGGCGCCGGAGGAGUUGCGGGCGGCGGGGGCGGAGGCGGCACGGCAGGGGCAGGCGCCCCUGGCCCCCCACCCCGUGGCGGCGCGGGGGGCCGGUGCGCCCCGGGCGCUGUACGCCGCUCCCCCAGCGCGGACGCGGCCGGGCCCGGCAGCCCGGCGAAGGUCACCAAGAGCUGGAGCUUCAACGACCGCACGCGCUUCCGACCAUCGCUGCGGCUCCGCGCGUCGCAGUCUCGCCAGUGCUCCGAGGCGGAGGCAUCGGAGGAGACCUGCGAUGACAAGAGAUGUCAGUGCGACCUCUCCCUGGAGAACCUGAGCCCCACUCUCCGCACCGUCGUUCGAGCCAUCCGGAUCAUGAAGUUCCACGUGGCCAAGAGGAAGUUCAAGGAGACGCUGCGGCCGUACGACGUGAAGGACGUCAUCGAGCAGUACUCGGCGGGCCACCUGGACAUGCUGAGCCGCAUCAAGAGCCUGCAGGCCCGGGUGGAUCAGAUUCUGGGGAAGGUGCAGCCGUCGUUGAGCACGGAAAGGAUCCGCUCGCGAGAGCUCCGCGGGGCCUCAGACGUCCGCGAAGACCAGAGCAUGAUGGGAAGGGUCAUCAAGAUGGAGAAGCAGGUGCAGUCCAUCGAGAAGAAGCUCGACUUCCUCAUCGAGUUCUACCGCCAGUCUCUGAGCCAAGGCCUCUCGGUGGCCACCCCGGACUCGCACAGCCCCGUGGGGCUGCCGUUCGUGCGCACCACCAUCUCGCGCUCCUCCAGCGUCGGCAGCCACGUGCUCGAGCACCAGCCGAGCGUCGAGGACUUCUCGUGCUCGCUGAGCCAGCUGGACGCCGCCUUCCCGCCGCUCGCGGGCCGCACCGCCUCCGGCUCGCUGGCCACGCGCAGCGUGCGCUCCUCGCCCGCCUUCGGGAGCUCCCCCACCGCCGUCGCCCACGGCGCCCGCUGCGCCGGCCAGCAGCAGCAGCAGCAGCAGCUGCAGCUGCAGCAGCUCCUGCAGGCGGCAGCGAUGGCGGCGGCGGGGGGCGCGACGGAGCCGCGCGGGGGGUCGCCGGGCGAGCCGGACUCGGACGUGAGCACGCCGCGCCUCUCCUUGCAGGGCCCUCUGUGCCCCAGCCCCGAGCCUCCUCCGCCGGCGUCGAAGCUCGUGUUCCCGCCGGGCUUCGCGGCGGCCGGUGACUUCCUCUCGUCGGAUGGGCGGGCGCCGGGCGAGUCGCCGGAGCUCGCCGUGGCGUGCUACGCCAAGCUGCUGGGCGGCUCCGAGAUGCCGCUGCUGCUCCACACGGUGAGCGAGCUGGACGAGAGCGUGGGCGCCGAGGACGCCUACACGGCGUGGAGGGACACGACGCGCCUCUUCGGCGCUGGGGACAGUGACCGGGCGGGAGAGGCGGCCGGGCGGCCGAUGGGAGGGGAGCAGGUGACCUUCACCAUCGGCGACGACGACACCGCCGUCCGAGCGUGGAGCAGCCCCGGGAGGACUCACCUCCGGACCGCCUCCGCCGAGGAGACGCUCCAUUCCUCGUUCCUAUGACGGGGAUGGUACAGUUGGAGGGUGGGAGAGAGAGAGAGAGAGGCAUCCAGCGGUCAAGUUGUUUUGCGUAUUUGCCAUGCUGCCAAAAGACAUUUUUGUGGAUUCAUGAGAAUGAUAGAAUGGGUAAUUUGUUGGGGUUGGGGAGAGAUUUUGCAAUGAAACGCUGCCAGCUUCAGUACAAAACACUGGAGGUGUGCUUUUUUAAUGUGCUAUUGUUUUAGGGCAAUAUUGUGGGUUUCACAUUCCGGACACCAUGGAGCCAUCGCUCACCUCAAUGCCAACAGAACCAGAAUCCGCGUUAAUCAAAGAAUCAAUUUAACAUGACUCCCAUGAGUGAGUUUCCAGAGCUCUGGGCUGGCUUGGGGAUUUUGUAGCCGAGUUCAUAAGCCUUAAACGAAACCCUGCAUGCAAGCAGCAGGGAUCGUAUUUUCUACGGUUGAGUUCAUGGGGCAAAUUGUGGCCUUGACGCAGACCCAUUUUUUCCCAAAGUUCGAACCUUCAGGAACCACAGCCUGGGAAUUCCACUUUUCAAGAUCCCGCUUUCAAGGGUUGAGAGCAACAACCUCAUGCAACACAAACCUACGAAAUACAACUUUUCACGCCAGUUAUUCAUAUUGGACAAUAGCUUGCACGUAAACUCCACAAUUCCCAAACAAUAGUGCAUUUCCUUUUUGUGCACAAGACCCAUAUUAUUCGCCAGAUAUACAUUUAUGAGGAACAAAAUGUCUAUAAUUGUGCCAGGGUUAGGGUAACGGUCGUGCUGGACAGCGAGCAACUAGAUUGUUGUCCCGCACGCCUCUUGCGUGCACGCUCCCACGUCACGGCGUCGAUUGCACUUGAACGUGUCGUACGCGCAAAGACACCGCGCUGGAGUAUUUUUUCAGAGCUGAUUAUCGCAAAUGAAACGUCGCGGAGAUGAGGCGCGAGGGGAGGGCGAGGCUGAGGGUGAGGAAGAUGAACGAUGCUUUAAACCGGGACGCCACACCGACGUUCCGACCGACGGGCGUGGGAGCGGGUGGCGCUCGUUUGCCAUCGUGGCCAGCGGUGAGCGACGAUUUUGAGAAUCAUCGACCGACCGACGAACAAAAGCCUGAGAAGCUGAAGCACGUGGCCUGAAGUGCGUGCGGGUUUAAACAAAUUGACGACUGUACUUUGAAACAAAAGCGCACAUUUCUGGAAGAGAAAGGGUGGGGGUUGUGUAUAAAACCUGUCAUUUUUGGGGGGCGUGGCAAUUCACAUCAUAUCCACGAGAAGGCACUUGAUAUACAGAGAUUUGAAAAAUACAUUUUUUUAACAAAGAAGAAUGUCUCUUUUUGUAAAUCCAAUGAAGGCUGUUUUGUGUGUUUUACACAUUUGAAUGGAAAUUAGAAAUUGCAGCAGUGCUGCUCGUGUGAGAUAAUCCUCAAGGUACUUCAUCUGAGGUUGGUGAAAUUUUAAUAAAUUUUCCAUGGUGUGGGUUUUAAUCAAUUGCGAUCUCCGGAAAUGUAGAGUCACUCCCUCUUUAACAGCAUCUGUCAGGCAUGCUAAGCUUCUGCUACGAAGUAAAUGGCUGGAUCGGCCAGCGAAAUCACCUUGGAUAUAGGGCCCCAUAAUAACGUAAGAGAUGCUGCCGUGGUGUGACGGUGAGUGCACUGGGAUUCAGAGGUCGCCGCUUCGAUCUCCCGGCGUGCGGCUGAAACAACGACGCAAGUUUCUUAAAUCCCCUCCCCUCACCCCUCCCCAUCACCACCUCUGGCCCACCCAGCGGUGUAAACGUGAACACCUCGGGGGACAGUCGAUCGGCAAGUCGCGCGCGGUGCGGUCAAGUGUCGGUAUGUACUGUCUGUUGAACUUCUUUCGCACCGCACGUAGCCAGCCGUGCGGGAGAAAGGACAACAAAGUAAACCCAACAAGCGGUUCUAUCAAGGCGACCAACAUAACAAGAAGAUCACUUUUUUUUCGAAUUCGGUGCAAAACUCUUUAUUAACAGGUCCCUGCAGGGUGGGCUGGUAGGAACAUUGGAAUUUUGCGCAAUUUUAUUUUUACACCCCAACAGCACGAGAUUUCACUUCGUUAAAGUAUUGAAAGGGGACGGACGGACGGACACAUUAAUCUAUUGCAGGCUGGUACACUCAGUUUACAACUUCGUUCCUACCAGUAUAAGAGCUGCAUUGCACGUGAAAGCACACGUACAGUUCUUACAUUGCGUCCAGUGCCGGAUUGAGCUCGUGCGGGGCCUGUAGCAUAUGUUAUAAAGGGGCCCCAAAUAAUAAAUAAAUAAAUAACUAGAUGUUUAAGACACAUUUUUUUAUUUGCAUAGUAAACUUAUUGUAUUUUUGCAAUUGCUAUACAGCCAGAAAAUACGACAAUUCGCUAACCUUAAACACCCAGUCGUUCAUAAAAGUUAAAGGCAAUGUAGUACUAUAGUCAUAGAGCCGGUGCAGAAUCACUGAAACCGGAAUUGAUAGCUGGAAAGCAUUUAGCGCAAAAGCCCUUGAGAGUGCGGUGCCCGUAGCAUACGUAGCUCCUUUUGCUGCUAGGAUAAUCCGGCACUGAUCACAUCACGAAGCAGUCCGUAAGGAGCCGCAUUGCGGCUCCGGAGCCGCAGAUUGCCGACCCCUGGUCUAGAAGAGGGCUCCCUGGAGCCAGAGGGAGCUUUGUAGAGCUCCCUUGAGAGGACGCUAUUCUGGCAGCAGUGGCUUCGGCAGAAAAAUGCCAGGGCUUUACCUUUCCCUGGUAUUCUUCUAUUCGCGUAAAACGUUCAAUGGAUUUAGAAUAUGGGACGUCGCAAGGCAGAGGCCAGCGCAAGGAGAGGAUGCUUCGGUUAUGUGGCUCAUUUCACAGCCCACGCCCUCGUGAAGCCACGACAAUGACGUUCAACGUUAUCCAUCGUGUGCAUGUUACUUAGGGCUCUAAACCGUGCACUUCGAAGGAAGAUAAUUCAGAACCUCUUUGGUUGGGAAAUCCUGCAACUCAAGUUCUUACACUGCAUUCGAACAUUUCCAUGAUUAUGUAUUCAUUGAAUUCCUAAUAUUGCCGAACGGACCGUGGGAUUGAUGGAAUAUCGUUUCGGUGAAAUGGUAGACUCCCCAAAUUAUCCCAAAAUAAAAAAAUAUUUUUUUAUUACAUUUGAAAUGCAGACAUUGUAGACAAGUAUUGAAAUAAGUGUAAUGCGCAGCCCUUUAUCAAUCCACUGCUGCAUGAAGGCCUCCUCAUGCCGAGUCGGUCACGGAGGUUGUUUGGCCAUACUUCACCACGCUGGUCAGGGUGGCUUGGUGAAGAGGGAGCCUCAGGACCAGUUCAGAUUUUCACCACUGCUGUUAGCCGUGGCCUGGGAGCAGGCCAUGAUCAGAUAUCAUUCGCCGCUGAUGUUAGCUGUGGCUGGGAAUCAAACUCAGGUCACCGGGUUCUUAGCGCAGUAUGCUAAGUACCGUACCACCACUCCACUUGUCAGUGUAGGCAUUCGGACAAAGCUAAGAAUGUCAACCGAUGUAUCUCUUGUUGCGUAGUUGCUGAGCUUAGAAUACAGGGCCUGUGGCAGUCGCACAGAAUGUGUCACUUUUGCAAGAGUCUAUUCGUAGGAGAUGCACAAUGUGUAGAUUCCCCUCGGUGGAUCCCGCAGUCCACGUUCACCAACCAACGCGUGCGCACGUAGGCACGCACGUACACGUACGAUGAACGUCUUUUCGCGUCGCACGUAAGCCAAACCGUGCUAAUCCGGAGGUGCGGGAAAACACGUGGGAGGCGUCGCGUCAUGCACCCGGUCAGGCCUGCGGGAGAUUGGUGAACGACGGAGAGCGGGGCGCGUGCGUGUCACCCGCGCGGCGGGGAAAUGCGCUUCAUAAAACCACCGAGCCAAAUCAAUCUCUUCGCAGCUCAGUGUUGAAUCGUAUCAUGGGAUGUGUCGGGGGUUGUGCAUGGCAUAGCGUGGUUGGGCCAUGGGCACUCGUGCAAGGAAUAAAAUGGGACCCCCGCCCGCCCGCCUGCCCGCCCGUCGAGUUUCCCCGACCCUUUGUAGCCUGGCACCCCGAGGGCCUCUCGAGGGACGUGCCCCCCCCCCCCGUGCAGUAAGUUGCACUGCCUGCCCACUCGGCAGCUCCGCCGCAGCCGCCGCGGUGGCUCUGUGCUCUGUGCCGUCGAGCGGCCCAAGCAGGCACCGCCAGGCUGCUGUCGCGCUCUGUGAAAGCAUCACUUACAUUGUGCCUUUAUUUAAACGUGACCUGCCGAGCGGCGCGACACGCGUUGCUCAUGUGCGGUGCAGCCAAAUGGGUUCUGUACCAGGGCACGUGCACGACAGCGGUACUACGUAAUGCAUAUGCCAAACGCUUUUAAAAAAAAAGUGUACGAUGGUUUUAUUUUUGGUCAUUGUCGCUGAUGCUGUGCUUGUUCAACUUUUCACGAUAUCGAGCGGAGAAAUGUGAAGAGAGAGAGGGGGCAAACUUAAGGGGACAAUUUCAUAAAUUCCAUUAAUAUAAUAAUAAUACUGCUGCUGCUCUAUUUAAGACCGAGAGCAAGUGAGGGCUUUACCAUUCUGGCGAAUUGCCCGAUGAUGCUGGAUGUAAUUACCAGCGAAACGUCGUAUUCAAACUGUAAAUG